UAUUUGUUAUGAAAAUCACGUGAUCACUAGCACUUUCCAGAAAAUCUAAAAAUGGCGUCGUCCAUAACAAUACCCCGGCGCUUGCCGUUACUUUUGGUUAAAGACAGCGUUCUUCUGCCAGGAUCGUCGAUGCGAAUUCCGGUGAAAAGCAUGAAAAAUAUGAACAUGGUGAAGAGUAGACUCCUCAGUAGAAGUACACUAAGCAGUACAAUCAUUGGAGUAGUUCCCACCCAGAGGCUAGAUGAAGAGGGAGAGGAUUUGUCUGCGCUACAUUCUAUUGGGACAGCGGCAGUGGUGGUGCAGGUCACAGGGACUAACUGGCCAAAACCUGCGUACACCUUGUUAGUGACAGGGCUGUGUCGAUUCAAACUGCAGGAACUCCUACAGGAAACUCCAUUUCCAGUGGCCACAGUCACACAGCUGGAUAAACUUCCUGAAGAUAUUGGUGAUACAAUCAAAGGAGAUAAUGAGAGUGCUGAACUUGAUGCUCUGGCAGAAAACUUCAGAGAGCAAGCAGCCAAACUUGUAGAUAUGUUGGACAUUUCAAUUCCUGUGGUUGCUAAACUCAAGAAAAUGUUGGAGAGUUUACCAAGCCAGCACUUGCCAGACAUCUGUGCAGCCAUUGUAAAAGCUUCUUAUUCUGAGAAAAUCCAGGUGCUGGAUGCCGUAGAUUUGACAGAGAGAUUCAAAAAAGCUCUCCCUCUUCUGAUGAGGCAAAUUGAAGGACUCCGUUUGUUACAAAAGGCAAAGAAAGAUAGAUUCGAGAUUGUGACUCGCAAGGAGGGCGACACGCGGCCAAGUAAAAUGCGAAGAACCUUCAGAAGUAUAAACACAGAGUUAGACGAUGAAGACGAUGGGGAAGGGGAUGAUUCCGUCGACUUGGAGCAGAAAAUCAAGGCUGCCAAUAUGCCAGACCAUGCUUACAAAGCAGCCAUGAAGGAACUGAAAAGGUUGAAGAAGAUGCCCCAACAAAUGCCAGAGCAUGCCCUGAUAAGAAAUUAUUUGGAGUUAAUGGUGGAGUUACCAUGGUCCAAGAACAGCAAGGAUGCAUUGGAUGUUUUACAAGCCAGAAAAGAUUUGGACACCGAUCAUUACGGACUGGAUAAACUGAAAAAGAGAGUGAUCGAGUACCUGGCUGUGCGGCAGCUGAAAAAUUCCUUGAAGGGCCCCAUUCUGUGCUUCGUAGGACCCCCAGGGGUGGGGAAAACCAGUGUGGGGAAAUCCAUUGCUCAGACACUUGGCAGAGAAUUCCACAGGAUUGCUCUUGGAGGAAUAUGCGACCAAUCAGAUAUCAGAGGACACAGGAGGACAUAUAUUGGUUCUAUGCCAGGAAGGAUAAUACAAGGUUUACGAUUGGUUGGAGUCAACAAUCCUGUCUUCCUCCUUGAUGAAGUUGAUAAACUGGGCAAGUCUCUACAUGGGGACCCUGCAGCAGCCCUGCUAGAAGUUUUGGACCCGGAGCAGAACAACACGUUCACCGACCACUAUCUAAAUGUGCCCUUUGACCUAUCACAAGUGUUGUUCAUAGCAACAGCUAACAAUAUGGCCACCAUUCCCCCUGCAUUGUUGGAUAGGAUGGAAAUCAUUCAGAUCCCAGGCUAUACACAGGAAGAGAAAGUCACCAUAGCAUUGAGGCACCUACUUCCUAAACAGAUUACAGAAAACGGGCUAACCCAAGAGCAAAUACAGAUACCCGAAGACACACUUAAAGUCAUUGUUGCCAAGUACACCCGGGAGGCUGGAGUGAGGACCCUGGAGCGCAGGAUUGGGGGUGUGUGUCGGGCUGUGGCAGUCAGAGUGGCAGAACAUGCCUCCAAAGCCAAACACGAGAAGAUGGAUGUCGGGGCAGACAAAAAGCAAGUCACCAACACCAACCUGCCUGCCUCUCUAUCACAAGAUGUGUCCACCCUGGCCCAUCCUCCAGAAAUGCCUAUAGUGAUUGAUGAAACAGCUUUGGAAGAUAUUCUUGGGCCUCCUGCAUAUGAGAGUGAAGUGUCCCAGAGACUUGGACAGCCAGGUGUAGCAGUGGGGUUGGCAUGGACCCCCAUGGGUGGGGAGAUCAUGUUUGUAGAGGCCUCACAGAUGGAUGGGGAGGGUAAAGUGACCUUGACAGGACAACUUGGGGAUGUGAUGAAGGAGUCAGCAGAGCUUGCCAUGAACUGGGUCAGGUCCCAUGCCAAAAGGCUUGGCAUUGAGAAGGAAAAGAAAUUAUUGGAGAAGAAGGACAUCCACAUCCACUUCCCUGCUGGAGCAGUCGGAAAAGACGGUCCAUCUGCUGGAGUUACCAUAGCAACUGUGUUGGUGUCAUUGUUUAGUAAAAAGUGUGUCAGGUCAGAUGUGGCAAUGACAGGGGAGAUAACUCUCAGAGGACUAGUAUUACCGGUUGGUGGAAUCAAGGAGAAAGUAUUAGCAGCACAUAGGGCCGGGAUCAGGAGAAUCAUAAUGCCAUACAGAAACGAAAAGGACCUACUCGAAAUCCCCAACAAUAUCAGGCAAGAGCUAACUGUUGUCUUGGCCCAUACAUUGGAUGAUGUGAUACAAGAUGCAUUUAAUGGGGAGUUCACACUCAUGAAGGAACAGCCUGCCACAAGCAAACUUUGAUGUGCAGGGGGAGUACACACUUACAGCUAUGAUUGAACAGCCUUUUGGCAGUAUCAGAGUCUUAACAGCAAACUGCUAAUGUGUAGAUCAUCCAGCUGAUUGAGAUGCAAUUAAUUACAUGAAGUUAAUGAAAAUCCAAAUAUUCAGUGCUUUUGAAUUGUACUGUGUUUACAAAUAUAUCAGCAAGAGCAAUAUUGUUAAUCAAAAUGCUAUUGAAAUUUGUUUUUGAAUCGAACUAAUUUAAGUAGCUAUCAAAUAUACCCAAAUUAAGCCCUCUUUAUAAUGAUUUCCAAGUGAUAUACUUAAGUCAGUGAUAGUUCUUUUUGAUAUAUGUUCACAGAUAAUUUUGAUGCAAAUGUUGAAUAUUUCGCGGUAUAUACAUGCGCGGAUCCAGAAAAUUUUUCCAGGGGGGGGUCCGAAGGAUAAUUGUGUUUGCCAGGGGGGGUCCGAGGCAUAUUUUCGCGAUAAAUUUACUAUGUAAAUUUAAUAAAUUUUCAUUUUCCAGGGGGGGUCGGGACCACCCCGACCCCCCCUCUAGAUCCGCGCAUGAUAUAUAUUUCUCAAAAUACAAAUAACAUCAAAAGAACUUGUUAAAGGCGAGAAAUAUUGGAGACAAUGAAGUUCUGACAAGUUUUCAAGAAAGUAUAUCGCAUAAAUAAAAGUUGAUUUACAGUACAUCAUAUCCAGUUACAGGUAUUGUAAUUUGAUAUUAUUUAAAAAGUAAUUUAUAUUGUUAAACAGAUUUAUGCACAAGAAGUUUUAAGCACAAGUAAUGAAUGAAUCAUAUGGUAUCAUUUUAUUUUUCGGAAAUAAUUAUUUGCUUUUGUUAAUUAUCAAAAAUCACACGUACAAUUACAAAUCUCUUUUUUAAAAUCAUAGUUACCUAUGCUGAAUUAUGGAUACCUUAGAAAUAGUGUCUGAUUUAUAUUGUUGAUUGUGAGUUGUCUUUUUAAUCCUGUUACAUAUAUUAUUUGUUAUAUUUAAACGAUUGAUUACAAUCAAUUAAAGUCUAAAGAAAUUCUUGAA